AGUUAGGUUAGAAUAAAUUGUCACUGUGUCACAUGGUCACAAAACAGCUGUUACGACGUCAAAUCUGUGUUUUGAUUGUUUUAGUGGAAUUAAAACAAAAACAAACUUUGUAAUCAUCGAAAGAUGAAUUUAAAUUUUCGCCAAAUUCCAGUGUUUGCCUUCCCAAACAGUUUGAAGUUCUAUUUAGGCACUAAAAGCAGCUAUACUCAAGUGCUAACCUUGUAUAGUCCCUAUGACUUUCCCAUAAAGUACAAAGUUCAUUGCCAUACGUCAGCAUGGGACAAAUAUAUAGUACCAAACCCAGAGGGUACGAUACCUCCACAAAGCUCAGUAGACUUGGUGAUCACGCAUAAACAAGCUGUUCCAUCGAACUGUAAUAUCAUGGAUAAAUUUAAGAUAGUUAUUCAGGAUACUGUAACUGAUCAGAUUAUCGGCAAAAAGACUAUUGAAUCAAUACUUCUAGCUGAAGAAAAAGACAGUAGGUACAACAAUGAAGAUUUUGAGUUCCAGAGUAGUCAUGAUAGCUCGAAUAAAUCAGUACAAGGUUCACAAGUAAUAAGAAAUGUGCAUCAUAUAGACCGAUCAUCAGGGAACAGCGUCAUGUCAAGUUUAAUAAUUGUGGUUUGUGCGGUAGUUUUAUUUUUACCUACUGAACCCGAGAUUACAAAAUCUUCGAGCUUACCCAGUUAUCUACACGUUUCCCACAAAAUUCAACUAUUAGCAGCUCUGUUGCUAGGUGUAUUUCUGUGUAUCUUAGUUAGGUCAUAAUUGUGUUUCGUGGGUGGAUAUUGAAAAGAAAAAAGAACAAUAUAUACAUUUUUGUUUCCUCAGAAUAAGAAUAUGGGAUAAAAGGCUUGAUGAAAGGUGUUUUAUUCUUUCAGUUUUGUGAUAUAAUUUAUGUAGUUUUACUUAUUUCUCACUAUAUUUAAACCAAUAAUAGGGUGGCAUUUGAUUGAUCAAAUAAUACAAUUUUUUAAAUAGGCUGUAGCUUAAGUUAUUUAUUUAACUUUAUUUGUCCUUUUAUAUGUAUAUGCUCAGGUGUCAAAACAUGUGAAAGUAUCGUGUUUAGUGUAUAUUUAUAUAUUUUAAAAAAGGUAUUUUUAUAAACUUAUAAUUUUAAGUUCCCUUAAGGUUGUUUGUUACCUUUGACUUAUUUUUUUAAAGAUUUGGAAAUAUAUUGUUUU